GAUAGGGAGGACGUACAGCCAGAGGAAACAGACAUACAACUCCUAACAGAGAUGUCUGGUGGUCCCCUCUCCUCCUUCUCCAAACAGGGAAUACUCCUACUCUCUAUCCUCCACUAUGGUGUGGGUAUUUCUCUGUUCAACAAAGCAGUGGGGGACUCAGUGGAGCUGCCCUCAGGCUUAGAAAGGGAAGGUAUCAAGUCAAUGGAGUGGAAGUAUAAAAAAAUGGUCAUUGCAGAAUUUGAUGGGAACAUUUCCUUACCAAGAUCACAGUUUAAGGGGAGACUAGAGAUGAACGACAGUAACUUCCGUUUAACAAUCCAAGAACUGUCACUGCAAGACUCAGGGGAAUUUCUAGUUUCUGCCGCAUCAAACAAAGGAGGACAGAUUCCAACCAAGACCAUCCAUCUUCAAGUCCAUGAGCCUAUAUCCAAGGUGGUGAUCCAGAAGGAGAUCACGCUAUUGGCCAACCAGUCCUGUUCAGUGUGGCUGCUGUGCAACGUGUCAGUCGGCUCCAAACUCUCCUACACCUGGGAGAGAGGGAAUGAGACGUACAGGGACGACGAGCAGAUACACUUCUCUCUGUCACCUGCAGACGGAGACAUCAGUGUAACCUGCACUGCCUCCAACUCAGUCAGUGAGAAAUCUGCCUCAGCAACAGUAAAGUGUAGUAAUGACACAACCACCCCAGAGUAUGAUACAUGGAUGAAGUGGUAUAGGAUCUACAUCGUUGUACCAGUAGGCGUCGCUGUGUUGCUGAUCCUCACUGUAGCUGUGGCAGUGUAUUACUGCAGGGGGUGCUUUAACAUGGCAGCUCUGACUGACGACACAAGAAUGAAAGAUACAAGAACAAACAGUCAGGUAAUGUCCAUCUAUGAGAACGUAGAUGAUCUGGCUGUCCCAAGACUGAACAAGUCGCAGACUCUAUAUGACAAGAUCACAUUUGGACGCCAGCCAGAAACCCCCUGUUCUUCCUACCAGGAAGUACUGUGAGCUGAACAGGAUGUGGUCAUAAGCUGGGCUUCUAUAGAUAUAGAACCCUCUGCAUCUUCUGCAUCCUACAUGUGUACCUUCUGUAAUAGAUGUUACAGUUUCAUUUCAUCACAACCUGCACAUUUCUGUUUUUAUUUUCUUACUUGUUCAGAACUGCAACCUUCAUCUGUUCAUGGUCAUUGUGUGGUACAACUUGUUAUUUUCAAGAUAGUCAGUGUUACAUAACUUUUUGUUAGCUUCUAUUGCAUUCUAUUGUUGCAUGAACUGUUUAUAAUUGUGUAUUAACGACUAAUGGCAAUUCAAAAUGAUAUUCUUAAAGAUUACUUGUGUUUCUGUGGGACUACAAGAGUUGAAAACAAGUUAUUUGUAUUUCUAUUUAUUGUAGUUUAGAUGUGUCUAUUGUACAGUAAAAUGUUUUACAUUCCACAGACAUGCUUUGUAGAAAUCACAUAGGCCACAUUCACAUCAAUUCAUCAUAUACUCACUAACUAUCUUUUGUUGUUGUGUGAAAUCAGACAAUGAAUAGACCUUAUUAAUACAAUAAUACCAUCUUUACAUAUUGAGCAAAGGGAGAGAACAUCCUAAUAAAUAUAACGAUUUGUAGCAAUCAUAAUGCAUAGAUCAUAUAAUGAUUCUGUUAAGAUAAUUAUGUGUUCAAUGUUCA